GGGGACGGCGGGUUCGGGUCAUCGAGUGUCCUUCCUCUCCAACCCAGCGGCUGCGCAAAAAACCGCCCCCCUCUUCUCCGCCGUCUCCUUUCCGUUCCCCAUUUCCAACCUCCGCCGCCGCCGCACCGAGCAACUCAAACCCUCGCCGCAAGAAAGAAACAGAUCGAGAGACAAAACCCCCACCCCUCGCCUCCACCGCUCCACGCGACCCAACGCGAAGGCAUGGUGGUGUACACGCAGGAGCACGUGUACCGGCACCCGUGGGACCGCGUCACGGCGGCGGCGUGGCGCAAGUUCACCGACCCGGCGUCGCGCACGGCGCUCUCCCACGUCGCCGACGUCCACACCCUCGACCGGCGCGUCGACCCGGAGGCCGGGCGGCUCCAGGCCGCGCGCUCCAUCACGGUGCGCUCCCCGCCGCUCCCUUUCGUCAUCCGCCGCCUCCUCCCCUCGGUGGCCUCGUCCCCUUCCGGCGCGGCGCUCUGCCACUGCGUCGAGACCUCGCUCGUCGACGCGCCGCGCCGCGCCAUGGACGUCGUCGUCCGCAACGUCUCCCUCCGCGGCCUCAUCGAGGUCGAGGAGCGGUCAACCUACCGGCCACACGCGGAGCGGCCCGACGAGUGGACGCAGUUCAGGCAGGAGACCACGAUCCGGUGCCGACCGCUCGCGGCCCUCGCCGCCGUUGCCGAGAAGGUCGAGACCCGCUGCGCCGAGAGAUUCAUGCAGAACAGCGCCAAGGGGAGGGAGGUCGUCGAGCGGAUCUGUCGGUAUCUCGAAGCCGAGGCCGCCGGCGCUGCGUCCUCUGCCAUCUGACUUGGCGUGGUUUGCGCCUCCUCACUUGGUCUUCCUUGAUCUCGUCGGAUCGAAGGAUUCGCUCGAUCUGUGCUGCGUGUGCGCGGCCGGACCUCGCCUCGUGGCCAGGUUCUUCUUGCAGUUUCCCAUUUUUUUUUCCUCUUUUUGUAUGAAAUGAUGAGCUGAAUCCUGAAUGGAAUAAAGCUUAUGGACAUAAACUUAAUUUCUUCUUGACCGUGGAACCAUUUUAACCCCAAUUUAUGCCUGUUCUUGUUAAGCUAUUCUGAUCCGCUAUGACAUCGCUAGUACUAUUGCGCAAAUUUGAC